AUGGAAAAAGAUACAAUGAAUAAUGAAGUUGAUAAUUGGAUGGAAUGGCUAGAUCAAGAUGAUGAAAAAAGAGAAGAUAUAAUUUUAGAUUCAACUAAAGAUGAUAUAAUUAAAAAAAAUAUAUUACAAAACAACUUAGAUGAAAUUGCAGAUUUUUUGGAUAUAAAUGAAAAUAAGAAAAAAAAUAUAGAAAAUGAAAAAGUAGGAAAAACAAAAACAGCUGAAAAAAUCGUGACAUUAGAAAGUACACCUUUAAAUUCUAUAAAAGAUUGUGAAACAUUAGGUGAAAUUUUGGCUAAUAGGAUAAAAAAUUGUAAAGCUAAAAGUGUAUCCAUUGAAAGGUUCUUAUCAAUUAUUAUACAAGCAUGUGAAAGUAAAUUAAAUGAUAUCGAAUUACAAAGUAUUGGUAAAAAAAUUCAAUUACUUAUUGAAAAUAGACAAAAAGGAAAAAGAUAUGCCUUAAUAAAUAAAAAAAAGCCAAAUGAAAUUAAAAAUUCUAUUAAAAAUUACAAAGACGAAGUCGAUAUGAUAUAUGGAGACAUAUCAUAUGAUGAAGAAGAUUAUGAUGAUGAUGAUGAAGCAGAUAAAUAUUUUGAAAAAUUAUAA